AUGCCGCUGCCGCUGCGGGUGGCGGCGCGGCUGCUGCUGGCGCGGGGCAAGACCACCGCGGUGCAGCACGUGGUGGCGCGGCACCUGGACCACACCUUCGAGCGGCUCGCGGCGGCGCACCUGCCCCUCGUCGCGGCGUCGCCGCUGAUCGACGCGCUGCGGGCCUGCCCCGAGCCGCUCGCGCUGCCGAACCUCGCGCGCCGCCUCCCGCUCCGCCUCCACCGCCGCGGCCCGCUCCACUUCCUCCGCCUCUUCCCGCGCGUGUUCCACCUCCGCGCCCCGCUCCCGCUCUCGCUGUCCCUGACCCCCGCCGCCGCGGGCCUCCUCUCCGUUGCCAGCUCCCCCGCCGACACGGCGCGGACGCUCCACCGCCUCCUCGCGAUGUCGGUCACCCGCUCCCUGCCCCUCCGCGCCAUCUUCCGCGUCUGGCGCGAGCUCGCCCUCCCCGACGACUUCGAGGACUCCGUCGUUGAGGGGCACCCGCACCUCUUCCGCCUUGUCCCCAAUCCCGACGAGCCCAACACCCACAUUCUCCAACUCGUCGCCGAUCCGGCGACAGAGGAAUUCACCCCGGUGGUGGAGAAGACCCGGCCGGACAGGUACGCCUUUAAGCUGCAGUUUCCGCCGGGGUUCAGGCUGACCAAGGAGUAUCGGAAAAAGGUGAAGGGGUGGCAGCUGCUGCCUUACACCGGCCCGUAUCAGGGCGUCAGUCCGAGGGCUGGAGGGAGCAAGAGGGUGUCAAAGCUGGCGAGGAGGAAGAUGGAGAAGAGGGCGGUAGGGAUUGCGCACGAGUUCCUAAGCCUGACAGUGGAGAAGAUGGUGGAGGUGGAGAAGUUCAGUCAGUUCAGGAAGUGGUUUGGGAUCGAGGUCAAUGUCCGGGACGUGUUCUUGGAUCAUCCCGGGAUAUUCUACCUCUCGGCGAAAGGAAAACGGCACACAGUGUUUUUGAGGGAGAUGUAUGAUCGUGGAAAGCUUGUUUUGUCGAAUGAUGUCUCUGAGGCAAGGGCCAAACUCGUUGAGCUCAUGCUCCUGCGUCGACGUGGUCUUGGGAAUGCCAAUUCAAGUGCCAACAUGGAUUCAGGUGCCACUGUUGAUGCCAGAGAGAGUGGUGAUGAUUUUGUUGAGCAUGAGGAUUGCUUGUUGGACGUAUCGGAUAAGUAA